ACUGGUACAAUUACCGGUAACCGGCUUUGGCGAAACCCACAACAGCAAGGCACAACAACGCGCGAAACGAGGGUUUAUGUUAGUCCCGGGAUCUGUUUCGUUCUUUUCGAAUUCUUCCUAGCUUUCUGCUACUUUUGCUUUCUAUUUGAGUUAAAAAGUCAACAGCAAUAAACAGACACCUUAUAAAACUUGAAAUUUAUUAUUCGUCAUGUUAAAAGACAGUGGUAGUGGCGCUGGUAGUACGCCGACAACGCCCGUGGACAUAUCAAAUAGCGAAAUGGAACAGGGCCAGAGUGAAGGGAACGGCAGCCCAGUCGGUUCACCAGAACUUGACACGAGUAUGAGCCUUGCUAGUAGUAGCUGCUGCAGUGGAAGCAGUUCAGACAUUGCUUCUGAUUCAAGUCUUCAUUUUAAUGACCUACCAGUACAUCCUGUCAACAGAAUAUCGCAGGUCCAAACUAUUCUAGAAGUGUCAGAGAUGAUAUCAUCAACAGACAGUAUGGGGUCCAAAGUUACAUUGUAUAAAAUCAGCAUUGAGUCCAAUGAUAUUUGCUUCCAUCUACCAUCAUCAUGUGUGUGGAGAACGUACGCAGAGUUUGUAUGGCUGAGAAAAAGAUUGGAAUCAGGAUGUUCAUUCAUAAGAAAGGCUGUACCAGAGCUUCCCUCCAGGACGUUACUAAACUUGUUUGACAAAGAUUUUGCAGAAAAAAGGAAAAUUGGCCUUGAGGAUUUCCUAAACAAAGUCUUAAUGGAAAGGUCAUUCUUAUCAGAUGCAGCUGUUCACCUCUUUCUUCAGUCCAACCUCUCUACAGACGAGAUACAAGCAUGGUUAGACAGGAAGGCAGAUGGGACAAUUCUUGAAUUGAUACAUCGGGGAAAAGACAUUGUGAUGCAAGACUAUGAUGCUCUAACACCACAAGAAGUAUGAGAGUAGUCACAUUUUGGACUAAUUGAUCGGAUAAAUCUUGUUUACCAUGCCUUCCGCUGCUUGUGGUAUAGACAGGAAGGAAGAAUUGCUGACCUCGGACCAAAUAGUCCGAAUGAUUAUUUGGUAAUGCAAGAGAAUUGACUGUCAACUACCUAUUUGGACAAUUAAAAGUAAAUGCUGUAGUACAGUAACUUGGGGUUUUGUCUUCUGCUGCUUAUGAUAGAGGCAAGGAGGUUGUGUACUAUUCUCACACCAAAAACCCCGUACACAUGUUCAAGAAAAGUGACUUCUCCAGAUUAUUCCUGAUUGGACACACAGCUUGUACUCUGCCUUCUAAUCCGUGUGGUACAGAUGUAAAGGCCAUUGUGUAGGUUUGCGGUUGUUAUUUCUGCUGUCUUGCCUAUGUAGGCUAUGGUCCUGUCUCCAUGAGUAGGAGCAAUGGAAUAUCAGUAGCAGAGAUGCAAUCUUGAGCUCUGUUCAUGUACAUGUGAAAUACGGAGGAAGUGGAUGUGUUGCACUAUAUUUUGAAGAUUGACUACAUAUUUUAUCAUCUAGAUUUACAUGUGCUUAUGACUGGAAGACGGACAUAUUGCCAGUUUUUACCAGUAUUGUACAUGUAGCAGCAUAAAGAGUUUUAUUAUAUAAAACCAUAUCGGAAACAUACAUCAUGAUAUUAAACAGUACAUAUGAUUUGUGAAUGAUUUUAUACCUGCACACGUAAUGAUUGUAAUCAUUACGUGUGCAAUGCUCAUAAAAUUGUUUAAUGCCAUAUUUAUAUAUUAAAACAUGAUGAUGAAAAUGGACUGAACAAAAUUAAAUCUGGAAAAAUACCAUUUACUCUGACAGGGAAAUUUGUUUUCAGCCAUCUUGACUUCGAAGAAGAUCUUUUCACACUUGGCACAUUCUUAUAAAAAAAAACAGUCAUUCAAUCCAUCAUUCUAGUGUCUUUGGGAGUCUUGAUUUAUUUAGAAUUUUUCAUCUUUCCCCAUUGAGUAUAUUUAGAAAUUACAAGUGAGACCCUCAGCCCAUAACAGGAAGUCAUUGAGUUGUAUAUGUACUUAUACUAAUUGAUGAAUAAGGACAUUAAGAAUCUGUAUCGGUUUCAAUAUUUCUUCAGAGUAUUUUGAGUAAAUCAGGGACUGAGUUUUUUAAGGGGAGCGAGAGCGAUCACUUGCCACUGCUCACCUUAAUCCAUUUCAGGUAGAGCAAUUUAUCGCUCGCCUAUAAAGCGAAAUUGAUUUUUUUUUUACAUAAAAUGAUAAAUGCAUAAAAACUAGAAAUCAAGCAACAUCAUACAGUUUUGUAUUGUUUGUGCAACUCUUAACUUCCAUGUAUAUAUCUCUAUUCUGACAUCACUUAAAGGGAUCGUUUAACUUUGUGAGCAGCUGAUUUUUAAAAUUCUCAAACUGAGACGAAACAUGUGUAUGAGUGCCUGUAUUUGUCCUCAAAACCCUGAAACAGACCAUAAUAUAGGAUGAAAAACUCUAAUUUAGAUACACGUAGCAAUUUAUUCGCUUGAUUUUGAGAACCGUCUAGUAGAUGUGUGCCAGCUUAUGACCAGUUUUCUCCAAUUCAAAAAGUCUGUUGGCUAUGUUGACUGCCUUCUGCUGUGUGUUUCUCCUAUACAAACGCUAUUAUUAGCUGCACUGUACAUUCAGUGUAUACCUUGUACACACUGUAUGUAGGUCAUGCUGUGUUCUAGAGUUAAUGUGUUGUGUUUCACAGAUUCGCUCUAUACACAUAGUCAUUGAAACCAACUCCCAAUUAUUUUCAAACUUUGGUUUACAUCUCCAAGGUUUUAAAAUUGAUCCUGUAGAUAUAAUACUUUGAAACUUUUGGGAUGGUAUUUUUACACUAUAAGCCUAAUGUUUAGCCCAUUUUCAAGAACCAAAAUGAGAAUUUUUUAAAUCAGAACAAAGUGAAAUGAUCACUUUAACCUGAAUUUAGAAUGAGUGUCAGUCAAUGAUCAAACUAUUAUUUGAAAACCCCAUCCUCAGUCAAGUUUGUAUAAGUAACACACAAAUUUACAUUAAGCAAUAACACACAUUUAAAAUGAGAUAAAUAUAUUCAGGGCAUCUAAUUUUGGGUCCUUUGGUUGUUGGUUGUAACUUAGUGUACAUUCCUCCAUCCAUUUUGUAAUCAGACAAAAAAGCUCCCUUUGUAUGUCAAGGAAGAGCUUUUUGUAGUGCUCCCCUACCACUCCCCUUGGGAGAGCUUCUUAUUGCUCCCCAAAUAAUGAUAAAACUGAGUCCUUGGUACAUGUAAAUGGAAUUUCUUCUAUUUUAAACUAGAUAUAUUUGAUAAAUUCACUUGGAAUCAUUUACUAGUAAUGGGUCAGAUGCAUAAAAAGUAGCUAUUGCUGGAAAGCAAUUGCUUGUCUUAAACCCUUUUCUUGCCUUCAGAAAGCAUUGCUAGUCGUUUGAACAAGAACGACGUCAUGCUGGUGUGAACAUGACUCAGAAAACAAAAGCGGAACUCGAACACUGAAGUGUGGUAGUGCAAAAUACGUUUCUUUCUCUCCUGUCUGCCUGUUACAUCUUUCCUCAGACAUGUCAAACUUUUUGUUUCUAAUUAAUAAAUUUAUAUAGUUGGCAUCAAGUUUGUCCUAUCAAGGAAUAAAACAUGAACAUGUUGGCUACUGUACACCUUUGGGUUCUCUCAGUUACAUAAACAUGAUUAUAAGACGCAAACGGACUGAUCAAGCAAACGCCCAAGCUGCUCUGAAGGAGCUUGAGAAAACCCAAGCAAAUGCUUAAACACACAAGCAAAUUUUUUUCUUAUGUAUCAUAUGCUUUUUUAGCAAUAGCUUAAUCAUGAAGCAAAUGCUUUUAGGCAUUAGCUGUUGCUUGAGCUUUCAAGCAGAUCUUUUGCUUGCUCAUUUUUAUGCAUACAGAAUCAAGCAAAAGCAAUUGCUACUUUUUAUGCAUCUGACCCAUUGGAUAAAAUAUAAAUGGAUGGAUGGAUGGAUCUGUUUUCUUUUCCCUUAUUUGUUUUAGGGGCAGACUAUUAUUUUAAAAGUGACAGCAAUGAUUUUAGACUUAAAUGUAUAUAAGAGUUUUAUUUAAUAUAUAUUGCAGAUCAUUAGUAGAAACAGUCUGCGAUAAAACAAAGUGAAGUGUAUUUAAAAAAAGUAGUAACUGUACGUACUGUACUCGUAUGAUUUGGGAUUUUUUAGGUAUUCAGUCUCAAAACUCUUUUUGCACCUGCACAUGGUAAUCAUACUAUACAUUGCAGCUGGAGAUACACAUACUUUAUUAACUUUGAGUUAUCACCAUUUUAAGUAUACUAAUAUUCAAGUACAUGAAGCAAAUACAUGAUUGUGAUGGUAUAAGAUUUGCAUGAGGUAAAAUAGUGAUACAUAUUUAACGAGGUAAAGCCUACAUGCAGUUGAAGAGAAUGUUUCUCUUUCACUGAUCUUUUUUUUGCGUACAGCAAGAGUUUGAGAAAUUCAAUUACAAUCGGGACAAUUGUCCUAAUUUAUAAAUGAAUUGUGUACUGUGGAAACCCUUUUGAAGAUGAAGAAAGGAUUUCUGACAUACUAGUAAUUGAAAAUCGCUGGUACAUGUAGGAUGUAUCUUUUGAGAGGAGAGUGCCUCUUGUACAUGUAAUCUCUGUUUAUUUUGCAAGCAGAAUGUGACAUUACAAAGAUAACCCCACACACACCUACUGUAAUUUGUAAGGAAAUUUCUCAAAAACACAUAGCAAACGUGCAAAGCGUAAAUAUAUAUAUGCAUGUUGUGACAUCAUGAUUGCAAUAUUUGCUAUAUUUUGGUUGGGACAAGUAUGCAUACUUGCCAUGUUACAAUUGUUGAAGCCCCAUAUACUUGGAGUACUACUACUGUACAGUAUGCUAUCAUAUGUUCAAUUUUAUCACGUUCAUGUAUAUAAUGUUUUUUUUUCGAUGAAACUUUGAUUAGGCUAAGUACAAAAUCAUAAUUUUGCAUGUUUUCUAGAUUAUUUAAUAAAUGGUGCUUCAUUUUGCUGCAAUAUCUUAAAUAUACUCCUUUUGAACAUAUUGUGUACAAUGUACUUUGCAUGCAGGACCAUGUGCUUUAUUGACUUUUUUUCCUCCUACAGUUUAAUAGUGAAAGUACCAAAGAUUCCACAUAUUCAUGUACAGUGUACAUCAAUUGGACAUAGAGAUCGAUCAUUCAGGAAAAAAAUGGUAUCAGUUGCCUUCACGGCAUCAAAUAUAAAUAAUUGUUAACAUGUAAGAGUAAUUGUAAUACAUAUGCAAGUAGCUCCUACAUGUAUGCAUUCACACAAAGGAUAUUCUCAAGAAGUAUAAAAUAAUAAAAGUAGGAUCUUAAAAAGCUUCUUUUUUUUAAUUACCAAUUCCACGUCCUUGCAAAUCUCCUGAUUGUUUCUAUGGAUCAAAGUUUGUGGACUGUGACACAUUGGGAUAUGUAUAAUGACACUGGCCUACUUUGCAAAAGGGUAUUUUCCAAUAGUCAUGUGAGUGAUUGUUUUAGCAUUCUUCAAAUAGAAAAUGAAAACAAUGGCUUAGUGUUUGGUAUAGGCAUAGGCUUUUUGCUAUUGAACUUUGAGCUAUCGUACCAUUUUAUACCAAUAACUAUCUUAUGAAACGAAGCUCCAUGAUCAUGUUUUCUUGCCAUGCUUAGAAUUGAAGUGGGGAUGCUCUAUGUAAAUCAUUAACUUUUUGGAAAAUAGCCCAUAAUUGACAAGUAUAAAUGGCUUGAACGUGUACCACAUAUCCGGGUGGGGGUGGCAUGGAAUUCUUUUUUAUUGAUCAGAAUAUUAUUAGUACAUCAUCCAGGAUGCCAGGCCCUCCUGGAUUGGUCAUGCAAAUGAGGAAACAAACAAAGCGUUCUACUUUUCAAAUGAAAAUUGUUUUAUCCAACUUCUACUUACCAUGGGGUUUGCUUUUUUGCUCUAUAAUUUUAUAAAUGAAUAUUAAUAGAAUUAUUUUCAACCAAUGAACACGGUUUCAAAGAAAAGUCAGUUGGUUGACUCUGAAUGGUUUAUUGAAAAGUAAAGGAAUGCCACAUUUUUAAUGGAAAAUAAGAAUAGGGUUUGAAGUUUAAGUAGAGUGAAGAAAUUAUCAUUUUUAUGAAUGUAUAUUUUUCAUUAAGGAAUGUUAUGUACUACAUGAUUCUAUUAUCAACAAUGCAAGCUCAAUUUACAUCCCUACUUGGGUUUUGAAAUAGCAUAAUUUUGUUCUUGUUUAUGAUUCUACUUUUCAAAUGGAAAGAAACGACAUUGCAGAUCUGCUUAGUUUCCUUGCUUUUAUCCAAAAUGAGGAAGUAUUGUUUAUAUGUCAGAAGUAAAAUGAAAAGGGACAAGUCAUAUUUAAACAAUUUUUUUUAAUAUGGAGUAUCUUUGAUUGUUAUGCAGUCAUACAUUGUAUCUUUGUGUUCAGGGAUAGAUGCAUUAAGUAAUGUUUAUUAUGAGCCAGUAUCAUUUGAGUGCCAAAAUAUUAUGACAUUGAAUUUAACCUCAAAUACUUGUGAUGCAAUACUACAAGAUCAUAUACAGAACCCUGUUUUAUAAAAAGUUACAACUUAAAUAUUAAUCCAUUUUGAAGAGAUAUUGGAGGGAAAAACAUGUUGAUAACAGUCUGUUGCAAUAGAUCUUCAUAAGAUGGGGCCCAGUGAUCCUAAUAUGCAAAUCUUGUAAUGUUAAUUCUCUGACAUACUCUUCUUUUGAUUAAGAUUGUUAGGACAUAGAAUUAUAUUAAAAAAGACCCCAGUCUAAAAUGCCAAUUCUGUGUUCUUCAGUGAAAUUUACAAAAGUUAUGACAAAUAGAUUUAUACUGAUAAAGCUUGGCAAACACAUGCUGAACACUGCAAACAUAAUUUUAGUGGGUAGAUUUUUCACUUGAGUAAUAUUUUAUUUGCAUUUUGCUUUGAUUUUCAGGAUUUUUACUCAGUUUUUCCCAAUACCGGUAGGCCUCCUGCUAAAUCUCGUCUUCCAUGAAAUUCUUUCAUUUCACAAGAAUUACAAAGAAGCUUUAUUAGGUAUUUUCUUUUCAUCUCCUCAAUAGAGGAAGGUGUAGUAAAGAUGUAUACUGGUAAUAUUAAAUUUUAUGCUUUUUAGAAAGGA